AUGCUUCCUUACCGAUGGCUGCGCGACUCCUGUCAAGGUCCGAGCCGCGUGCACCCAUCGACACGCCAGAAGCUGCACAGGACGUCGGGCAUCUUCCGGCCAGCGAGGGGCAUGGAGAUGACCUGGGCGUCCGGGCACGUCUCACACUAUCCGAAGACGUUCCUCGAGCUCUACGCCUUGCCAAAGAGGCUGCGCGCAUCUCACCAGGAGGUCGCCGCGAAGCGAUGGGACGGGGACGCCACCCGGGCAGUGAGCAACCUCUUCCUCAGGCUGCCGUACGCCAGUCUGCAGGCCCCGGCGGGGCUGCUUCCGGCGAUCACGCGGUACGGCGUGCUCUUCGUCGCCAACCUCCGCGAGACGUUGUAUGGGCAGACGUGGGACGUGAAGAACGUCCUGCACAGCAAGAACAUCGCGUACACGAAUGUCGGCCUCGGCCUGCACAUGGACCUCCUCUACUUCCAGCACCCACCGCGCUUCCAGAUCCUCCACUCCCUCCGCAAUCGCGUGGAAGGCGUCGCGUCCUACUUUGUUGACGCCCUGCGCGCGGCCGAGACGCUCCCCGAGACGCACCCAGAGGAGUUCAGUGUCCUCGUAGAGACACCUGUCGCCUUCCACUACAUCAACGACGGGCACCACCUGCACCACUCCCACCCCACCAUCCAAUUCCGCGCCGACUCCCCGCGCCCGAUCGCUCACAUCAACUACUCCCCGCCUUUACAGGCGGCGCUACCGCUCUCCACGCCUCCUGCGUUCUAUCCUGCUCUCGAGCGCUUCGAUCUGCUGGAGGACCUUGCCUCGCGCUUCGAGUACCUACUCCGCGAAGGCGACGCCGUCAUGUGAGUCGCGUACGACAACCGGCGAGUGAUGCACGCGCGCACGGCGUUCAAAGAACGCGAGGGAGACUCUGGGUGGGAUGAAUUGGAAUCCCCGCAUCGUUGGCUAAAAGGAUGCUAUCUAGAAGCGGACGCAGUUCUAGAUAGAGGCAGGGUCUUGCGGGAACGCCUGCAAGCACAUGGAUAGCGAGGGUAUAUACGGAGCGACCAUCUCUAUGUGAAUCUAGCACUGAAGGUAAAUCCGAUGUAUCAAUCCCCACUUGCUGUCCCGACUACAUAUAAC